UAUUUUUGGCUGUUUGUCCUCUCCCGAGGUUUGGUUGGCAUCGGCGAAGCUAGUUACUCUACCAUCGCUCCAACUAUUAUCGGAGAUCUCUUCACCAAAAACACUCGGACACUUAUGCUGUCGGUCUUUUAUUUUGCAAUCCCUCUGGGCAGUGGCUUAGGAUAUAUCACGGGAUCAAGUGUCAAGCAAGUAGCUGGAGAUUGGCACUGGGCGCUGCGGGUUUCUCCACUUCUAGGUAUGAUCACAGGGACACUUAUCUUAAUAUUUGUACCAGCUGCUAAAAGAGGCAAUGCCGAACAACUGGGGGCACAGCUGAAGGCCCGGACCUCCUGGCUGAGGGACAUGAAGGCCUUGAUAAGAAAUCGCAGCUAUGUGUUUUCAUCCCUGGCUACCUCUGCUGUUUCCUUUGCCACGGGAGCUUUAGGGAUGUGGUUCCCUGUUUAUCUGCAUCGGGCCCAAGUUGUUCAAAAAACAGCAGAGAUUUGCACUUCGCAGCCCUGUGGGACUAAAGACAGCUUGAUCUUUGGAGCCAUCACCUGCUUCACUGGAUUUCUGGGCGUGAUCACUGGGGCUGGAGCUACCAAGUGGUGCCGGGUGAAAACACAGAGAGCGGAUCCUCUGGUUUGCGCUGUCGGGAUGCUGGGAUCAGCCAUCUUUACCUGCUUGAUUUUCGUUGCAGCCAAGAACAGCAUUGUAGGAGCCUAUGUCUGCAUUUUUAUUGGUGAGACUCUUUUGUUUUCAAACUGGGCCAUCACAGCUGACAUACUUAUGUAUGUGGUUAUUCCUACACGCCGAGCGACAGCCGUAGCUUUGCAGAGCUUCACCUCUCAUCUUUUGGGAGAUGCUGGAAGUCCCUACCUGGUUGGAUUUAUCUCCGAUGUGAUACGGCAGAGCACAAAGGAGUCUCCACUCUGGGAAUUCCUCAGUUUAGGCUAUGCGCUGAUGCUGUGCCCUUUUGUUGUGGUCCUCGGGGGGAUGUUUUUCCUGGCCACGGCCCUCUUCUUCCUAAGCGACAGAGCCAAAGCUGAGCAACAGGUAAACCAACUUAUGAUGCCUCCAACCUCAGUGAAAGUUUAAGACUGCGCUGACAUCUCGGGCAAUGAAGGCAAUCUUUCGUAGCUGCCACUAAACCACAAAAUGAGCACCUGUGGAAGACCUCCCCCUCCCCUCAUCCCUCCCCCCUCCUCAUGCUUGGAGCCAGAGAAAAUCCAGACUCUCGGACACAAUGGAUUGGUGGCGUUUCAGCAAAAUGAAGGUGUCUGCUGGGCACACAAGAGGCCUUGUAGUCUGCAGAGGCAUGGAUGACCACUUGCUCCUAAAUCUGAAAGGGUGCUGAUUCUUUCAUCGUCCCAUCUCCAAAAAGAGACAUCUGGGGAACUGAAUAGACUUUGUUUCCAGCCAAGGAAGACACCCACUUCUGCUAACGGAGCAAGCAGCUAACACUACUUAACAAUCUUACUUUGGUCAUCAACCCUGUCUUCAGGUAGAGACAUUACACCAGCCUCCCCAAAAAAGCAGGGUUUUUUCCUCCUGGUUAGAGCUCCCCAGAUACGUUUGCUGCUCUUCAAUUAAGUAGUAGGAUACCAUUUUUUCCCUGCAAGACACCAAAAAGAUUGGAUUAGCUGGAUAGGUUUUGGUUUUUUCCCCUUUUGCUUUACCUAAGAGUGUCAUUUGCACUAGCAGUUUACUGCUGGAGCUACCUCAGACCUAUCAAUUGUUGUUGGUUUUUUGGGUCCAGCAUGACUGGAGAUUUCUAAUUUUCCAAGGGGAAUGUCAGAUAUUUCCCCCCAGUCUCUUGGGAAAUGGAGAGAAAUCACAGCAAGCAUUUACUAUCAAUCUACCAAUGAUUCUCCAGGCCAAAAAAGAAAACGGCUCAACUGACCAUUUCCAGUGGCAAUAUCCUCCUCCCUCCCUUUUUUAAGAGAGAGAAUGGUUGUUUUUUUCUGUUUACAAGCUAGAGCGGAGAACGGCCUCAAAAUUCCAUCCUGAAUUUUGCAAAGGUUCGAGGUUCAAGGUUCAUUUUAUUUAUAUGCCACCCUAUUCCCAGCGGGACUCAGGGCGGCACACAAACCC